CCGUAGAGGCUUCCGGCCCUACCGGGAGCUGAGCGCGCGCUGUCGGGAAGCGCGGCCCGCGAAGACGAGAAAAGGCGUAGGAUUCGUGAGCAUUGAUUGGCUGAAGCGAGAAGCUUUCUGGGCUCUGAUUGGCUCUGUCGCUCCCGGGAAGGAGUUUGUGGCGCCAGCGAAAAGUAGACCGAGCGCAGCGGCCGCAGCAGGGUUCUGAGGGGGUUGGCGAACAUACCAGACCGGGACCUUCUGGAACUCUUUCCUGAGGGAGUCGUGACCAUGAUGUGGAAUAGUGGAUUUGAAAGCUAUAGCAGCAGCAGCUCCUUCGGGGGACCGGGCGGCUACACGCAGUCCCCAGGGGGCUUUGGAUCGCCAACACCUUCUCAGGCUGAAAAGAAGUCUAGAACCCGAGCUCAGCACAUUGUGCCCUGUACCAUAUCUCAGCUGCUUUCUGCUACUCUAGUUGAUGAAGUGUUCAAAAUUGGGAAUGCUGAGAUUUCACAGGUCACCAUUGUGGGGAUAAUCAGACAUGCAGAGAAGGCUGCAACCAACAUUGUUUACAAAAUAGAUGACAUGACAGCUGCACCCAUGGACGUUCGCCAGUGGGUUGACACAGAUGAUGCCAGUGGUGAAAACACUGUGGUUCCUCCAGAAACGUACGUGAAAGUGGCUGGUCAUCUGAGAUCUUUUCAGAACAAAAAAAGCCUGGUAGCCUUUAAAAUCAUGCCUCUGGAGGAUAUGAACGAGUUCACCACGCAUAUUCUGGAAGUAGUCAAUGCGCACAUGAUGCUGAGCAAGCCUAACAACCAGCCCUUAGCAGGGAGAGCACCUAUCAGCAAUCCAGGAAUGGGUGAAGCAGGGAACUUUGGUGGGAAUAGCUUCAUGUCAGCAAAUGGCCUCACUGUGGCCCAAAACCAGGUGCUGAAUUUGAUUAAGGCUUGCCCAAGACCUGAAGGGUUGAACUUUCAGGAUCUCAAGAACCAGCUCCAACACAUGAGUGUAGCCUCAAUCAAGCAAGCUGUAGAUUUUCUAAGCAACGAGGGACACAUCUAUUCCACUGUCGAUGAUGAUCAUUUUAAAUCCACAGAUGCAGAAUAACUAGAUUUAAUGGUACCCGAGAUGUUUUCUAGCUGGGCCUGUUUUUGCAGUCUGUUGUCUCCAGCUGUGCAUAUGAUUGACCAGUUGACUUCUAGGAAGUAGGUUUUAUCUGUAAAAUGUCUCAAUUGACAUCAUUUUAAAACUUCCUGCUCUUCUGUUUUUUGAAGCUCAAAUGGAUAUGGGCAACUGACAGGAAUGUAAACCAGGGCAGAAUUUCUUAAAGAAAUUAAAAAUUAGUUACAGCAUCAGAACAGAUGGACUUGGAAGAGGAAUGCUGCCAGGAGAGUUGGGCAGUCUGACUUAAAUAAUUCUCGGGAGCUUCUAUUCCUAAAUUGUUUCCUGUUGAGAGAAGUUGAACUGAACUAGGGCCCACCAGCAGAGAGCUAGCCAAGAAGUCCACCAACCUCUGCCUGUUUUGUUCUCCACUCUGAUUUUGUGGUAUUACUUUCAGAAUUGCACUUUCUUUCACUUUUUGCUGCCAAAAGUGUGUUUUUGUAAACAUGGGGUUCUAGAGUGGCAGCCUCGUGGGGCAGAGGAGAGGAAGAAGUGUCACUGUGUUUUGUACAAAAUAAGUACAUUCAUAUGUUUAAUAAAAUAGUUGUAUUAUUGCA